AAGAACUACUCUCGUUGUAGCUGCUGAGCAUAUCGGUUGAGAACAUGUCUUCGAAAAAAAGAUCAGUUUGCUCUGUUCUGGGUUGUAGUAAACAAGGAAAGACGCUCCACAAGCUCCCCACCAACGAGCAAACAAAAGCUCAGUGGAUAUUGUUCAUUUUUGAUGGGAAUGCCCCUGCUAAAUUUCCCAAAAUUCUCCAUGUAUGUGGCAACCACUUCACAGAGGAUUGUUACACAAACUUCGCGCAAUACAAAGCAGGGCACAGCACCACACUUCGCCUCAAAGAAGGAGCAGUGCCUACAAUACAUGCUGGAUUACCUGCAGCACAAGAUCGUUUUAUCCACACGGGCACACAAACAGAAGCUCCAAGUGUGAGAACAUGUGCCACUCAACUGUCAAUUGGGACCUUGAAAACACACGUGCACAGCCAAAGGACCCAGACACCAGUGUUGUCACAUGAGACUGCUGGCACACAAACCACACUGCCUGAGUACAUGUUUUCAUCCACACCUAUAAAGGGGCCAGGGUUUGGACCACAAAAAAGAGCACGUGUUGAGUCAGAGGAGGAAGAGGGAUUCACCUCACCAGAGUCACAAGUCGACCCAAAUGACUCAACCUUUACUCCUGGCGGAUCCCUAACAACACACGAUUCAACAAUGUCGACUGAAAGUGCCGUAUACAUGGAUAAAAAAUACAUUGUAUUUGAGUCCUGCCUGAGGGAGCUUUUUGACACAUGUCCAGUGUGCAAGAGAAAAUGCCAAGUGCAGCAGCAACAGAAGGGCACUGUGAAAAACGAGGGUCUCGUUUUCCCAGAGCCUACCAUCUAG